UAUUGUUCCAAGAUCAUCAUGCAGCGGCUGAACGAACUCGCCGUCCACCUGUCACUCCACCCUGAGGCGGCUGCCGGCGCUGCCCCUUCCACGACUGCACACGGCACGUACCACAGCGCUCCUAGUGCCACCAGCAAUUCCUCGACCGUUUCCAUUGACCUGCUCAACAAGUUUGUUGACAAGCACAACUUUGCAACCCGCAAGGCAAUGUGGGAGCUCCUCAAGGAGCCCCUGUUUGAGCUCGACUACAACAUGAGCAUCAAGCAGCUCCGUGAUUUGACGUUGCGUCGUCUUCAGCGACUGAGCGAUCUCGGUUAUCCCUACCAGAUGCUGGAUCCAAACUCCACCCCCGAGAGCCAAAUGGAGGUCUAUGCUCGCACCGAUUGCAUGUACAUGUACGACUGCAACCUGACUGUCAGGGUUGGUGCCCAUGUGAACCUUUGGGGAGGAUCUGUCAGGAAUCUCGGCACAGAGUACCAUCAUGAGAAAUAUCUCAAGGACAUUGCGUACAAUCGCCUCCCUGGAUGCUUUGCCAUGACCGAGCUUGGUCACGGUAGCAACGUGAAGGGCCUCGAGACGACCGCCACCUUUGACAAGGCAACCCAGGAAUUUAUCAUCAACACUCCGACCGAAUCUGCGCAAAAGUUCUGGAUUGGCAACGCCCUGACGGCUCACGCUGCCACCGUCUUUGCCCAGCUGCACAUUGGCGGCGUGAAUCGCGGUAUCCACGCGUUCAUUGUUCCGCUGCGUGAUGCAAACGGCAAGAUUCCCCACAACAUUCGGAUUGCUGACUGUGGCAUGAAGAUGGGUUUGAAUGGCGUGGACAAUGGUCGCUUUUGGUUUAACAAUGUCCGCAUUCCCCGCAUGAACAUGCUCAAUCGCAUGGCAAACGUGACUGAGGAUGGCGAAUACCUCUCCAUGAUUGAGGACAACGACAUGCGUUUUGGCGCCAUGGUGGCAGAGCUUGUUGCCGGUCGCGUGUCCAUGAUUGGCGGAAGCACCAACCUCGCCAAAGUUGGGCUGACAAUUGCUGUUCUGUACUCGAUCGCACGCCGUCAAUUCGGCCCUGACGACAGCCCCGAGCGGCCCAUCAUGGACUACCUGCUCCACCAGCGCCGCCUUGUCCCCGAGAUUGCCGGAGUGUAUGCCAUGAACGCUACCUCGCACUAUGUCCGCAACCUCUGGGUCAACCGCAGUGCCGAUUUCGAUGAGCGCAUUCGCCAAAUGAAGGAGAUUCACAUUCUUGCUUCGGGUCUCAAGGCGCUGUCUGGCUGGCAGAUGCGCCAGGCGCUGAGCACAUGCCGAGAGGCGUGCGGCGGACAAGGAUACGCGUCCUGGAACCGCAUUCCCGUGCUGAUGGCAGACUCGGACGUGUUUAUGACCUUUGAAGGCGACAACAAUGUUCUCUUGGUCCAGGUGGCCCGCCAGCUCGUCAAAGAAUACGCUCGUGCCAUGGAGAAGGGACAAGCCGGCAUUCCGCAGUUUGCCAAACCGACAGACCGUCUCGCACACAUGGCGGGAACUGCCCGCGGCGUGCCACUCUCGGCAGCCAAGCCCGUUGUCUGGGACGCUUCCGCGCAGCGCUUUGUGGAAGUCAACCUCAGCGCCUUUGACAACGGCAGCAAGCACCGCAAUGCAGAAUUCCAAAUGCGAAUCUUUGAAAUUCGCGAGUACGAUGCCAUCAAGCGUCUUAUCGCGGCGCUUUCUGCCAAGAAGGCUGCGGGUCACAACGACGACUCUGCUUGGAACCUUUGCGGUGAACUGGCGGCCGUGUGCGGCCAAGCGUACAUUGAACGCUUUGUUCUGACGCGGUUUAUCGAGGAUAUUCAGACCGAGUCGAGUGCGCCCGAGCGUCUGGUUCUCGAGAAGCUGCGUGCUCUGCACGCCAUGUGGCGUAUUACAACGCAGCCAAGCUUCUUGGCAUACCAGUUCAUUCCGCGCCAGGACAUUGAGAUUAUGGCGGAUGAAGUCAACGUCAUUUUGGCAGAGCUCCGACCUCACUUGGCCAACCUCGUCAAGGCCUUUGGCGUGCCGCAGCACCUACUCCCUGCCAUUACUUCCGAUUACGUCGCCGCACACUCCUGGGCGGAAACCCUGAAGGCAUCCGAGUUCAAGGGCAAUGUGUUCCAUCUUUAAGCUUUUUCCUGAGUGGGUUUUUCCAGAGUGGUUUUCGGAUUUCAACAAGAAGAAAACUUGUUACGCAAUGUACUAAUACAGCUUAUCACUAGAAAUACAAACAACACAACACAA